UCCGGCGCUUGGAGACAGUAGGCAGGCACUGUAGAGCGGAGAGAAAACGGGGACGUUAGCAAUAGGGAUGGCGCUUCGAGACGAGCUCUUGAAAGUUAUCUGGCAUGCGUUCACAGCCUUGGAUGUCGACAAAUGUGGAAAAGUGUCCAAGUCGCAACUUAAGGUUCUUUCACACAGCCUUUGUACGGUAUUGCAAGUACCUCAUAAUCCAGUGGCUUUGGAAAACCACUUUAAGGAUGAUGACGAAGGACCAGUUUCUAACCAGGGAUACAUGCCCUAUUUGAACAGAUUUAUCUUGGAUAAGGUUCAGCCAAACAGCUUUGAUAAAUCUGACUUUAAUAGGAUGUGCUGGACUUUAUGUGUCAAGAAAAACCUGAAGCAGAAUAAUUUACUGAUCAGUGAUGAAGACACUUUUAAAGUAUGGUGUAUCUUCAACUUCCUCUCAGAAGAUGUGUACCCUCUCAUCAUAGUCCCAGAGGAGAUUGAAUAUUUCCUCCGGAAACUAACUGAAGCAAUGGGAGUUAAUUGGCAGCAAGAGCAGUUUGAAGAAUACAGAGCUCAUCUUGGUGCCAGGCAGUGUGGUCUUUCUGCGUGGGAGUUCAUUGAACUGAUUGGCUCUGGCCUCUUCUCUAAGGGCAUGAACAGACAAACGUUGUCCAUGGCAAUCAAUGAAGUUUAUUGUGAGCUCAUUCUAGAUGUGAUGAAGCAGGGUUAUAUGUGGAAAAAAGGACACAAAAGGAAGAACUGGAAUGAGCGUUGGUUUUUACUGAAGCCUGAUGUAAUUUCGUAUUACGUUGGUGAAGAUCUGAAAGAAAAAAAAGGAGAUAUUUUAUUGAGCUCCCAAUGCUAUGUGGAGCCUCUACCAGACAAAGAUGGAAAGAAAUGUCUCUUGCUGAUUAAAUGCUCCGAUAAGAGUUUUGAGAUCAGUGCAUCUGACAAAAAGAAGAAACAAGAAUGGAUCCAAGCUAUUCAAACAGCAGUCAGCCUACUGAAGGACCAGAGACUUCCUCCACACAAAGAAGGACGACAGAAAAGGCGAGAGCUGCGACAGAAACUACAAGCAGAGCAAGAAGAAAUAGCACAAAGAAUGAAAGAGCUGCAGGUGGCAAAUGAAGACAAACAGGAAGAAUUAGAGAAAAUGUGUAAGGAACUAGAGGAUGCUGCAAAACAGGCUGCUCUUGAGGAAAAAAGACGUCUGCAGACACACAUGCAGCUGCAAGAUCGAUUCAGACAGGAGCUGGAGCGAGAAAAAAAUAUCAGAGAGCAGAUGGAGGAGCAAGUCGCUCAGAAGUCUAAUGAACUGCAACAAUACCUGCAACGCGUGCAGGAACUGGAAGAAAUGUACAAGAAGCUUGAGGAAGCACUUGAGGAUGAGCGGCAGGCUCGACAAGAGGAGGAAUCUGUCCGAAAGCUUCAGGCCAGGUUGCUGGAAGAAGAGUGCAGUAAACGACUAGAUUUGGAGAGACUGCACUUAAAGCAAAAACAAACCAUACAAAUGACAGAAGCAGAAAAGCAAGAACUGGAAAACCAGAGAGCAAUAAAGGAUCGUGCACUAGAGGCAGCGAUGAAGCAAUUGGAUGAACUUGAGUGGGAGAGGAAACAAGCACUUGAGCAAUACGGGGAAGUGGCAAAAAAAUUAGAGUUGGCAGCUAACAAGACAAAGAACUGGAAGGCCAAGGUGGCUCAACAUGAAGGAUUGCUGCGACUUAUAGAACCAGGUUCAAAGGGCCCUCAGCUGAUCACUAAUUGGGGACCAGCUUCCUUCACGGAGGCUGAGUUGAACCUGCGGGAAAAGAGCUGGCAAAAACAGAAAAAUACUGCAAUGCAGUAAUCUACCAUUUCAGAACAGAUCAAGGUUUUGGACUAUAUUUUGACAGAUGAUCACUUGGCUACACGCUGGAAGAAAAUGCUAUGGACAUUGUGGAGGCAGAACUGGUUUGAAACUGUUAUGCAAAAAUCUUAACAUUCUGCGAUCAAAAGUAUGUUGGGACAAAGUAAAGAACAGUUCAUUUACAGUUGUAAUGAAGUUCUGUUAGACUUUUCAAUAAAUAGCAUCCUACUACUUUCAACUACUUUUAAAGCCUACUUUCAACAUUCUGUAAUUUUUAUACUAGGCUUGAAAAAUCUGCGUUUUUGCUUGCCUCUGUUCUGUGCUGCAGUAUGUUAUUAACUUUACAAUGAGCUGGAUGUGUGCCUGAUUUGGUUUAAUCAUGUCAUAGGAUAAACUAGGUUUAUGUUAUGGCUUUCAUUCACUGCCCCAAUCUCCAAAAUUCAUAAUCUUUACUCUCCACCUGAACUGCAAUAAAACAGCCAGCUAGGACUGUAGGUGUUCACAAAAUGUAAUGGUGAAUGUGUAAAGUGCAAAUUCGCCCGAGUCACUCCGACUGUUGUUCAUUUGCAGAAGGCAGAAGGAUAAAGGGAAAUCCUACACCCUUUUUAACAACUUCCCUUCCACAAUCUCACUGCCAUGAACUGAUGUCACUAGCCUAUGAAUCUUGGUCUGGCAAUGUUUAGUCUGUUUGAUGUUCCGUUCAAGUGUUGCAUAUUAUUUGUGUCAGUAAGAUCUCAAAAUAUGUUUAUUAAAAUGUUAAGAUGACAGGUUCUAGAUUUUGGUUCACGCACUCCUUAUUUGUCUAAGAAAUAUGAUACUUGCCAAACCCUAAAAUAAUCAGACUGUUUAGAUUGGGAUUGAACAUCCAUACAUUUUAAAUAGAGGCGUCAGUAAUAAUUGGUAUCAUGAACAAAGCGUACAUUAACCAACUGAACAUUUUUGAAGAUUAGAGAGACUACUCCAACAUGAUAUGGAAUUAUUGUCUUGCCAGAAAAUUUACCUUGGGUAGCAAACGUUAAUUAUUUGGAAAAUAUUGUCUUCGGUGAAAAUGCUAAGUUCUAUGCAGAAGUUUCAGCUAUAGCUUCAUUAUUUUUUAUCUCCUAAUCUAAUUCAUAAACAUUUUAAUUUACUUGAUUUAUUAUAGAGAUGGUAUUUAAAGAGCCUUUCAGGUUAUUCUACAUAAUUGUUUGAACCUAGCUAAUAAAUAUAAAAUUUGAGUUGAUUCUUAAGGUAGGGCAAGUGUCUUUGUGUGCCUUUGCAUGUAUCCAAACAAAGAUUGGUCAGAUUUGUCUUGCGUUUAUUCCCAAUGUGUUUGAUUACUUGUGAAUUUUACACCAUAGAUCUUUCAAAGAUUUAUUAUUCUUUUGUUGAAGAGAUACUUCCCCAAAUCCAGUGUUCUGUUCAGCUGAAAGUGAAGCCCAUGUGUUUUGUUGAUGUCCAACAAGAGGUUCUGAGGGGCUGUAGCACUGAUUUCCUUGUAAUUUAAUUCUUCUAACCAUUGCCCUUUUUAAAUGCAGUCCCUGAUCAGUGUUGCAGUGUGUAGAUAAUUGGAUUGAAUACAUAGACAUUCUCCUCCUGUGCGUGCCACUGGUCUUUUCGUCAGUGCAGCAUUGUUUGCAGAAAUAAAUCUGCUUUCUUUGCAUGAAGCAAACACAAUGAGGAAUAGCAUCCAAUGAAAAUACAGCAAAAUGUAUUUUUUAACCUCCUAAUUUGGGGCAAAUGCUGACUGAUUGAUUAAGUCAAAGCAGCAGGCAUCCAGGGGAAAUUCAUUAAUACGAAAAAUGGGCCAUGAUGGACUUCUACCCUAAUAUUACCACACAACAAAUGUAGUUUUGUUUGAGUCCAUUGGAAAUUAUUCUGCCAGAAAUCAUGUUAACCACUGAUACUGUGUCUUGUUAAUUGGGUUGUUGGGGGAAAUGGCUUACAGGAUAGUCAAAUGAGGUGCUCUGUUCACUUGAACUUGCUGUAUUUAGAGAUAUGUAUUGAAAUGCUCAGUACAUUUUUUUUAAUAUUUAUUUGUUCAUGGGAUGUGGGCAUUGCUGGCUAGGUCAGCAUUUAUUUGCUCAUCUCUAAUUGUCCUUGUUCAGGGGGCACUUAGCAGUCAACCACAUUACUGUGGGUCUGGAGUCACACGUAGGUCAGACCAGGUAAGGAUGGCAGAUUUCCUUCCCUAAAGUCAUCCUCCCCUAAAGGACAAUAGUGAACCAACCACCGGCAGUGGUUUCAUGGUCAUCAGACUUUUAAUUCCAGGUUAUUUUUAUUAAAUUCAAAUUUCACUAUCUGCCAUGGUGGGGAUUCGAACCCAGGUCCAUAGAGCAUUACCCCUGGUCUCUGGAAUAAUAAUCCAGUCAAUACCACUAAGCCACCAACUCACCCAUCCAGUUGGUAGCUCAGCCAUACAGACUUCACAGUUUGCGCUUAGUUAGCUGACCUCAGUUAAGGUGGUCUCCUGCAUCCCUGGCUUAAUGAUGGGAAAAUUGGACAGAGUUCCCACUCCUAAUGAUUCUCAAUGGCACUUACAUAAUCUUGGAUGAGGACAUAUUGGGAUUUAUUUUCCCCCACUACCCACAGCAACAAUAACAAGGAAUAGCCUUAGUUGUUAUCCUCCACCUUCUGUUAACUUAUUAUUGGGGCACAUAAAUAGUGGCCAUCCGGGCCACAGCUACCCAUGAUACUGCACCCGAAGAGGGGAGAAGAGAGGUUUGCAAAUUUUUAAUUUAAAAAAAGUCUGGUUUGUUACAGAAUCUUCAAAGAAUGCAUAAAAAAUUUUUGUAAAGCCUCUGUAGAUUGCUGAGGAAAUGUGAAAGGGUAAAGCUUUUGGCACUCUCAAUUGUUAAGCAAAGAGUAAAUGGUUUUUAUUAAUUAACAAAAAUGACUUGCAAUAUUAUCCCUGCAAGGCCAAUCUGAGAAAUGUGUUGAACUUGCUAAGGAAAUUUAUCACAGCUAUCAUUUUGUUUGAAUAAAUGUAGAGAAAGAGUUUAUAACUUUUCAAACCUUUCUUAAUAAAAGCUUUAUUUUAGCUAGAAAUUACUGACAUUUGAAAAUUAAUUUUAAUCAGAUUUUUAGACUUCAGGCAAUAGAAUUGUCAUUUUAAGAAGGUAAACUGUUCACUUUAGAGUUGUCUUUUAUCUUUGUCUACGUUAUCGUGCAAGUUGCUGGAACAGUUCUGAGCUUUCUUCCAUUACACCUUGACUUAAACUGGAUCCUCAUUAGUUUAAACUGGAAUGAAUUGUCCACCAUAUCAUUCUAAAACCAAUUGAGACCAUCAAACUUCUGAAAGGCUGGUGUUUACAAAUGAUUCAUGUGUAGACAUUUACCUAAAGUGCCAAGAUAAGAGUAAGAUUUGCUUUCUGCAGACUCUUUACAUUUUACUGUUAACGUGCUUAGGCUAAUAUUGCUGUCCAAGAUUUGUAACUGCAGGCAAGUUGAUAAUUUGCAACUGGUUGUAACUCAGCAUUAAAACUGUGUUUAGUAGAUAAAAUAAAAAUGAGAUGUACUUUAAAUAUUCA